AGCUAGCAGCCAGCCGUCCGUGCGGCCGGCCGCCCCGUGCAUGCGCCCCGCGCCCCGGGGCCCCGCGCACCAAGCGCCGCGAGCGGGCCGCCGUCGGCCCCGCGGCCCCACGCCCCGCCGCCCCGGGGCCCCGCUCUGCAGCGCAGCGCAUGGAGCCCAGCGGGGACCACCGGAGCCGGAGCGGCGGCGGCAGGGGCGGCCCCGGGCCAGCAGCGGCCUCGGCACGGGGCCGACGGCUGCCGCCCUCUGGAUCAAGCGGCGGCGCGGAGCCCGAGGAGGACGACGGCGGGCAAGAGCUUCAGCUGGAAGGGGGUGCCUUGGGGUCCUGGGGGAGUGCCCCCCUGCCCUCUUCCAGGGCCAGGGGACCCGCAUCUUCAGGCAGGAAAUACUCAGACCACUGUGAGGCCCGGGCCUCAAGGCCUGGAAAGAGCCGCAUCCCCGGCCGUGACCACCGGCGCUACUACCACGACCACUGGAGGCUGGAGUACCUGAUGGACUUCAACCCUGCCCGGCACGGCAUGGUGUGCAUGGUGUGUGGCAGCUCCCUGGCCACUCUCAAGCUCAGCACCAUCAAGCGGCACAUCCGCCAAAAGCAUCCCUACUCCCUGCAUUGGAGUCCCCGGGAGAAGGAAGUCAUCAGCAACAGCUGGGAUGCCCACUUGGGGCUGGGGGCCUGUGGCGAGGCCGAGGGCCUGGGGGCCCAGGGGCCUGAGGAGGAGGAGGAGGAAGAAGAGGAGGAGGAGGAGGAAGGGGCUGGCCUCCCAGCUUGCCCGUCCAAGGGCCCAGGCAAAGCCCCAGCUGGUGGGGGUGACCGGCGCCAGCGGCGAGGGGGCCCAGUGGCACCCCGGGCUCGGCGUCGGCGCCUGUCGGCCUCCCGGAGGGCUGGGGGCAGCAGGGGGCUGGGUCCCCGGCGCCUGGAGCGGAGGCUGAAGGAGUCCCUGCAGAACUGGUUCCGGGCAGAGUGUCUCAUGGACUAUGACCCGCGGGGGAACCGGCUGGUGUGCAUGGCCUGUGGCCAGGCACUGCCCAGCUUGCACCUGGACGACAUCCGUUCCCAUGUGCUGGAGGUGCACCCCAGCUCCCUGGGGCUCAGUGGCCCCCAGCGCAGCGCCCUGUUGCAGGCCUGGCGUGGCCAGCCUGAGGCACUAUCUGAGCUCACCCAGUCCCCUGCAGACGAUGACCUCGUCCCCCAGGACCUGACCAGAAAGAGCCGGGACUCGGCCUCCGCUGCUGGAGCCCCUUCCUCUCAGGAUCUCAGCCCUCCAGACGUAAAGGAAGAGGCUGGCUGGGUCCCUGAGAGGCCCGGGCUGGCAGAGGAGGAGGAGCUGGAGGAGGGCGAGAGGGUGGGGGUCCAGGACACGGCUCCGCGGGGCCGCAACCGGCGCCGUCACUACCGGGAGCGCUGGCGGCUGGAGUACCUCAUGGAGUUGGACGGCGGCCGGCGCGGCCUGGUGUGCAUGGUGUGCGGGGGCGCGCUGGCCUCGCUCAAGAUGAGCACCAUCAAGCGGCACAUCCGCCAGCGCCACCCGGGCUCCACGCGCCUCGGCGGGCCGGUCAAGGCCCUCAUCGCCCAGGAGUGGAGCGACAAGGCCGCCCACCUGCUGGCCCUGGGGCUGCCGUGCCCCGAGUCCCCCAGGGACCCUGCCGCCCCCAGCACAGCCGCAGCCUCCGAGGAGGGGGGAGGGGAAGAGGAGGAGGAGCCGGAGGAGGAGGAGGAGUGGUGGGGCGACGUCCCGCUUUCCCCUGGGGAACCGUCAGAGCGGCCCGCUGAGGAGGAGGACGACGACGAGGACGGCCCAGAGCCCGGGGGCCUGGCCUUUCCGCCCCUGCCCCCGCCCCCGCCUCCGCCGCCCCCGCCGCCCCCCCGCAGCCGAGAACAGAGGCGGAACUACCAGCCGCGCUGGCGGGGCGAGUACCUGAUGGACUACGACGGCAGCCGGCGCGGCCUGGUGUGCAUGGUGUGCGGGGGCGCGCUGGCCACGCUCAAGGUCAGCACCAUCAAACGGCACAUCCUGCAGGUGCACCCCUUCUCCAUGGACUUCACGCCUGAGGAACGCCAGACCAUCCUGGAGGCCUACGAGGAGGCGGCGCUGCGUUGCUACGGCCAUGAGGGCUUCGGGCCACCGGCCCCGGCGCCGCGCGACGGCGGCGCGGACCUCAAGGCGGGCGCCGUGUGUCGGGCGUAGGGAACUCGGCCUCGAGGGGCCGUGCCCCGCCCUCGGGCUGGGAGCUCCAGCUUCCUGCGGCCCCGACCGCUGCCAUUGCCCCCCGCUGGCCGGGCCGGGCGGAGAUUGGGGAUUGGGCGGGGUCGCCGGCUUCCGCUUGGUCCCGGAGAGCUCCCUAAACUAGUCAGGGCGCCGCGGGAAGCGCGCUCUCCCCUCGGACCCGGGGCCCAGGCCCUCCAGGCUCAGGGCCUCACGUUCCUGAGAAGCCACAGCGUUUGCACGGAAAGCUUCCGGCCUCUGCCCGCACCCCUCGAGGUGAUGUCGUGCCAGGCCGGGACGGGGGCGCCGACAGUCAGUAUUAAGACCCCCCCAGUAGGGUGGGGUGGGAAGACGGGAAGGACGCGCCAGCGCCCCGCCCCGGGGGCCCAGCUCUUGGAGCUGCACGCCGGCAGGGACGGCUCCGGUAGGGACGGCUCCCGGGCCUGGGCGCCUGCCGCCCAGUCCUUGUUGGCGUUUUCGCCCUCCCCGGGCCUGGACUGCAGAGGAGGGCCUUCCUCGCGAGGCGGGGCUACCGGGCUGGGGAACCGGCCCGCCCGCGGGUGGGGGGCGGGGCGCCUGCCUCCGGGCGGGCCCUGCGGGGACGGCCGCCCUCGCCUUCCCGCCCCCGCCGCGACGCCCGCCCGGACCCAGAUCUUGUAAAGGGAUUAGCACUUUUUUCCUUUGCUCCUCUCCUGUUCCGAAUGCUCCCGUUUACCCCUAAACUCGGUUUGGCGCUCCUGCUUCAGCGGCCCCGUCAGUUCGAGCCCGGGGCACUGGAGGUCCCGGCAGUGGGUGUUAAGUUCCCGUUCCCUCCCUGUCCCUUUUUGUACUCGGUGGACGCGCCACCCGUUCUCAGCCCCCAGGGCCUGGGGCCGGGCCUCAGCCUUUCUCCUCCACGCGCGGCAGCGCCAGGCCCUGAGGGGCCGGGAAUGGGCCCCGCGAUCUCCCAGGCAGGUCCGAGAGGGAUGUGUAGAUUCAUUCUCCUGUGGAGAACAGGUGGCCCCGAGAUCAGGCCCUUUUUGCUCUUUGUAUUUUAUUUUGAAACUGUAUUUAAUGCUUUUAUAUGAAAGGGGGAGGGGCGGGGAGAGCUGUCCGUCACCCUUAUGUGCAAAUGUCUUAUUUAUUAAGCGUGUAUCAGAGAUAAGCUGUGAGGUGGUGGAGGAAGGACCUAAAGGUAGGAGGAGCAAGGAUGGAGGCGCGGUUGGAAGAACCCCAAACAUGACAGACUUAGGUGUGCCUCUCCAGGCUCCUCCUGGGAGUCUCUGGGCCCCAAUUUCUGCUCUUCACAGAGCCAGGCCAGUUCCUUUGGUCUUAAAGCCUGAGAGUGGGGGGGGGGGAGUGCAGUCAGCGAGUUGGGACUUCAGGGCUGGGUCUGGAGGGGAAGAGGCCCUGGCACUUGGGGCCAGGAGCUGCCUCUGUGGGUGGGAAAGCAGAGCAAAGAGAAGGCUUCCUCUCCUCCCAGCGCCCCCAGGUCGGAGCCCAAGGUUCAAGUGCCUCAGGCCCAGGUCCCUUGACUCUUCCUGAUUGGGAAUUGAAUUUUAUACCACGAAUUUUAUAGGAUUUUUAUAUAAUUCAAGGUUGUCAGAGUUGGAAAGACCUUGGAGAUCAACUCGUACCCACCCCCCACCCCUUUCAGAUAGGUAAAAUGAAGCCUAGAAACUGAGAUUACCACAUACCAGGUAGGAACAGUACCAGGGCUAGACUAAAAACCUCAACUCGCAAUUCAGUGUUCUUUGCACUAUACCACAUGGCCUCCCGAUCUCUGGUAAGUUAAAAGUUUCUUUUACCGUUAGGCCUGCCAAAGGCUGGCGUGUGCUGGGUGCCACAGGCCAUCACAGUGCACUUGUGGCCUCUUGGGGAUGGCGAAGAACAGCACACUUCCCUGGAAUGAGCUUUCUGCAGGGCAGCUCUUGCCACCAUAGGCUUCAGCCGGAAGCCGCUGGCAGCAGCCUUCUCCAUCAGAACUCCAGAAGUAGGGCUGACCGCCACCUGGCCCAAGGCUUUGCUACUGGGCAAAGGCUCUGGCAUUGCGUUUUGAUGCCACUAGGGAUUCAGGAAACACUGCAUGGGCUGUCAGUGGACUGAAAAGUGAAUUCCCAGAGUGUUUAAACCUCCAGGUUUUGAGACAGUAUUAAAAGCUUGAGAACAGGGAUUAUGGGUGGCACUGCCAUUUUUAUUUUCCUUCAUGCAUGUUGUUUUCAGAUCCAGACGGCGUGUUCUGCCACUUUUGCUACUCUGCCUAUUCAAAAACAGUAGGCACACUGGGGCAAUUAUCAUAGUCAUCCAAGCCCUCUGCCGAACUUCAGGUAAGCCCGGGCAGAGAGCAGGGUGGGACUGGUUUUUCCUCUCAAUAGGCAGGAAGAGGCCUUAGGAUGCCCUCACUGAGAGGCAGCCCCAAGCACUUCACUGGUUCUCAAAGGCGUGGCCACCAGAACAGCUUCACCACAUUAGGAGCUUACUAGAAAUGUGAAUUCUUGAGUCCCAGCUUAUGGAUCAGAAACUGGGGUGGGUGGGGCCUAACAAUGAUUCGAUAAGCCCUCCAAUGAUCAUGAGGCUUACCGAAGUUCUGAGCACCAGUGAUCUAGAAAGUUCCACUGUAGUGAGUACUGCUUUGCAGCUAUAGCCUCACAAGUUAAGGGUCAGGAAAUGAGGUGGUCUCAGCUCUCGGUGCCUCCUCCUUGCCUUGGGAGUCUGACAUGAACAGGUGAAGUUUCUUCAUGAACUUUUUUGUUGAUGGUAUGCUUGCUAUUAUGGCCAAUAUGUAAAUGUUACUCUGAAUACAUAUUUAUAUACCAUGUUAGUGACAUUAUUUGAACAUUUGUAUGCGUAUUUGUGAAGUUGUUUGCAUCAGUUAUUUUAAAAAAAUUUCAGCCUAAGUUUUCUAAGAGGUAUGUUGAAUAAAUUUUUAAAAUCCAGUUUAAGGGUCAUGGCAGCCUUAGUUCUGGGAAAGACCAAAUCCAAGGUGACAAGUUCUUUCAGCAAAGACCUGAUGCAUUUGGUUUCCAUUUCCCAUCUUAAGUACAUUGUGACUGUGUGAUUUAUAGGCUGCUUCGUGUUGCAGGUGGGGGAACCCUCCUAGGUUGGUGUGAACUGGGACAACAGACCUCUCUGGCCUCUUCCACGUCUCAUCUUUCUCCUAAGGUCAUUUAUUUUCUUUCAGAAACCAAAUGCUUUGCUCUACUAUGGAAAUUCUGCAAUCUUGGAAAUCAUUACCAGUAUCAACUACUUUUUAAAGUUUCAGAAGUGGAGUGGGGAUGGGGGCCAGUGGAAGCCUUGUUUGGUUCUUACUUUACCCAAACUGUGUAUAAAGAAUAAAGUUAGCAGAUGACACCACA